AUGCCUGACUACACCAGGUAUUACAUUGCAGGAGCAUUCCUCGGCGGAGUGGUUUUGACUGCGGCCUACAAUCGACGGUUGACGAACUCUUCUGACUGCAAUAAUUCCCCAGACGCAUCAAAACAGCAGCAUAAGAUACUCGCCAUAUUGUCGAAGAUUAACGAUCUGGACACGCUGAAAAAGACAUUGGUGGAGCUGGAGAGCUCGUUGGUUAGAGGAGAAGGCGCUGGGGACAUCAAGGAGGGCAUUGAAGGCUGCAUCGGCAAUACUCCACUCAUCAGAAUCAAGUCCCUGUCAGAAUAUACAGGAUGCGACAUCUUGGUGAAAGCUGAAUUUCUCAAUGGCGCUGGCAAUAGCCCAAAGGACCGUGUUGCUUUAAGCAUCAUCGAAAAGGCCGAAGAGAAAGGUCUACUCAUCCCAAAUUCCGGCGACACCAUCUAUGAGGGCACAGUCGGCAGCACUGGCAUUUCGCUGGCUGCGAUUUGCAGGGCACGUGGCUACAAAGCGCACAUCUGCAUGCCAAACGAUAUGGCCGUUGAAAAGUCCGACAUACUCCUGAAACUAGGCGCUGAAGUUGAGAGGGUCAAGCCGGCACCCAUCGUGGACCAAAAGCAGUUCGUCAACCUCGCGCGGACGCGUGCAGCAGAACAUACAGCCUCCGCUGAUAAGCCAGGUCGUGGACUGUUCGCCGACCAGUUUGAGACAGAAGCGAAUUGGCGCGCCCACUUCACCGGUACCGGACCUGAGAUCUACGAGCAAACGGGCGGAUCACUCGAUGCAUUCGUGAGUGGUGCUGGCACCGGGGGAACUAUCUCUGGCGUUGCGCUCUUCCUGAAGUCUCGCCUUCCUGCUGUCAAGAUCAUUCUUGCUGACCCUCCGGGCAGCGGCCUGUUCAACCGCGUCAAGUAUGGAGUGAUGUUCGAUCCCAAAGAGAAGGAAGGCACACGCCGACGUCAUCAAGUCGACACCAUCGUCGAGGGCAUCGGCAUCAAUCGCAUCACCCACAAUUUUGAUGUCGGCCGAGAGCUUAUUGAUGACGCGAUCAGGGUCAACGACGACCAAGCGGCAUCCAUGGCACGUUGGCUAGUUGAACACGACGGCAUCUUCGUUGGCAGCUCCAGUGCCGUAAAUUGCGUGGCAGCUACGAAGCUUGCGACGCAACUUGGACCUGGUCACCGCAUUGUGACCUUGCUGUGCGACAGCGGAGCUAGACAUCUCAGCAAGUUCUGGGCUCAGACCAAGCCCGUCGGUGGCGCAGAGAACGACGUGACUCUCGAACAGAUUCUUAAUGCUUAG